AUGAAGCUUAAAACUGUUCAGCGUCUGGAGCUUCCCCCCGCCGCAGACAUGCAUGUCCACAUGCGGCAGGGAGAGCUCAUGAACCUGGUGGUGCCUACUGUUGUCCAGGGAGGAGUGGAUACGGUGUUUGUGAUGCCGAACCUCGUUCCUCCUCUUACGACCAUCGACAGGGUUCUUGAAUACGAAAAAGAGCUGAAGGCUAUUGCUCCUGAUGUCACGUUUCUCAUGUCACUCUUUCUUCAUGAGUCCAUAACGCCCGAAGUCGUGAAGAAGGCGGCCGCGGCUGGGAUCACUGGCAUUAAGCUUUACCCCCAAGGAGGAACAACCAAUUCAGACUCCGGCGUCUCUGAUUUGAAGGCAUUUUACAACACAUUCGCGGCCAUGGAAGAGCAUGGAUUAAUUCUCAACAUUCACGGAGAGGUUGUAGAGUCUCUGGCUCCGCCGAACACCACUCUGGAAGAAGCAUUCUUGCCCACUCUGAAGUCAGUCCACGAGCGCUUUCCCAAGCUCCGCAUCGUGCUCGAGCACUGCACUACUGCAGCGGCCGUCGAGGCCGUCAAGGCUUGCGGACCAACCGUCGGUGCUACCAUAACGGCGCAUCACUUGUAUCUGACCCAUCACGAUGCUUGCUGCAAUCCCUUUGCCUUCUGCAAGCCUAUCCCCAAGAAGCCUACGGACCGGGAUGUUCUAAUCAAAACAAUUGCAGAGGGAAACCCCAAGUUCUUCUUCGGUAGCGACAGCGCUCCCCAUCUCAUCCAAACCAAGACAGAUGCAGCACCGGGGAAGUUCCCAGCCGGCGUUUUCACACAGCCGUAUGCCACACAACUUGUCUUGUUGGGCUUGGAAGAGGGCAUUGAGCGUGGUGUCAUUACGGAGGCCGAAGUGACCCAGGAGAAGCUUGCGGCAUUCCUCAGCACCAAUGGUCGCCGCUUCUACCAGUUUCCCGAGAAGCCUGCUGGCAGCACCAAGAAGAUUGUGCUCGAGCGCAAGGGCGAGAAAAUUCCCAAGAGCAUCCGGAGCGAGAACGGAUCGGUGGAGGUGGGGAUCUCACGCGAGGGCACUGAAGUGUUCAGCUUGCGGUGGGAAUGA